GCUGCGCGGGGGGCGGCGGGGAAGCUGUGAGGCUCCCCUCAGGCUGCGCCUCCCCUCAGGCCGCGGCGGGAGCCCGGGCCCGCGGCAGGCCGAGCCCCGGUGCCGUGAGGGGAAGAUGGCCUCUCGGAGGAUCACCCGCGACACGUUCGAGGCCGUGGUGCAGGACAAGGUGAAGCGGUACCGGAGCGGUGCCGCGGGGGAUCCCGGCCAUCGUUUCCCAGCUCCCUCCCGGCUGCCCCGGCCCCGCUACAGCGAGAGCUUCCAGCACGACGGGCGCUUCCCUCACGCCAACUGCCAGCACCAGGACUGGAGCCAGGAGCCCGGGGAGGAUUACCCUGGGGAGAGCUACCCCGGGGAGGAUUAUCCGGGGGAGGAUUACCCCGGGGAGAGCUACCCUGGGGAGGAUUACCCCGGGGAAAUCUACCCCAGGGAGGAUUAUCCGGGGGAGAGUUACCCCGGGGAGAGUUACCCCGGCCCUUCCUACCGCGCCGCCAGCCCCCUGCCCCGCAAGGAGAAUUAUUUCCACGGACAUUUCUCCCGGCCCGCGCCCCGGGAGCGGGAGUUUGGCCAGGAUCACAGGAGGUUUGGCGCCAGCAGGGAGUUUGGGCACCACCCCGCUCCCCACGGGCAGCGGGAGUACGGGCAGCGGGAGCACCGGGACUACGGCCCCUCGGGGGGCUGGGAGGCCGGCGGGCAGCGCGCAGCAGCGGGGUUUGGCUCCCCGGAGCUCCUGGGGGAUUUCAGGUCCCCGGGGCUGAUGGAGGAGGAGGAGUUUGGCAGCGUGGAGGGCCCCGAGUACGAGGCCGAGGACGGCGAGUUCCGGCCGCGCCGGGGAGGCGUGGGCAGGGGCAGGGCGCUCAGGGGGAAACGCCUCGGCAGGGGCGCGCCGAAGGCCAAGGCGUUCAAAGCAGACCUCAAAAGCCCCCUCAAGAAGUGGAGCGUGAAGAAGGCCCGGCCGGGGCUGGAUGCCAAGGCUCUGGAGCCGCCUCUGGAAGGCGCUGCCCACCCCGAGCAGAGGCCGGCGCCCCUCCAGCCGCACCCCGCGGCGGCCCCCAGAGCCGUCCUGAGGCCGCCAAAGCCCACCCACGCCUUCAGGAGCCUCAGCUUCGACCUGGUGGACAAGUCUGACAUCUUCUCCACCUUCGGCAUGGAGAUCAUCAAGUGGGCCGGGUUCCACAGCAUCAGGAACGACGCCGAGUUCUCGCGGCUCUUCGGGGCCCUCUUCGAGCUGGAGACCGAGACCUGCGCCAAGAUGCUGGCCUCCUUCAAGUGCUCCCUGAGGCCAGAGCACAGAGAUUAUUGCUUCUUCACCAUCAAGAGCCUGCAGCACGCCGCCCUGAAAACCCCCAAGGUGGACAACGAGUUCCUGAACAUGCUGCUGGACAAGGGGGCCGUCAAAACCAAGAACUGCUUCUUUGAGAUCAUCAAGCCUUUUGAUAAGUACAUCAUGAGGCUGCAGGACCGCCUCCUCAAGGGGGUGACCCCUCUGCUGAUGGCCUGCAACGCCUACGAGCUGAGCCUCAAGAGCAGCGGCUUCGGCAACCCCCGGGAAAUGGCCGGUGCCUUCGAGACCACCGUGUCCCUGUGCAGGAAAUCCCUGGCCCUGCUGGGCCAGACCUUCGCCCUGGCCUCUGUCUUCAGGCAGGAGAAGAUCCUGGAGGCCGUGGGGCUGCAGGAGAUGGCCCCGGCACCCACAGCCUUCCCCAACUUCGACGACUCCACGCUCUUCGGGAGGGAGUACAUCGAGAACCUGAAGGCCUGGCUGGAGAGGAGCGGGUUUCCCAUCCAGAUGAAGAAGGCAGAGGCAGCGCCCGUGGAGCAGCUCCAAACAGGCUCCCCCGGCCCCGGAGCCCCCCAGCGAGCGGACAGGAAGGUUCUGGACACAAUUGAGCAGCUGGUGAGCAGCAUCGUGGCAGGAACCUUGUCUGCCAAGGACAGGAGUGCCCAGAAGAACUCUCCUGAGUACUGGUUCCUGUGUGACCAGGAGAGCCUGGAGUACAAGUACUACAGGCUGAGGCUGUCGGAGGUGCAGAGGAGCAGCCUGGCAGGGGAGGCAGCAGCCCCGGAGGCCCUGAGGGCCAUGCUCUAUGCCAGGAGGGUGGCCAGCAUCAAAAGGAGACUUUUCAAGAGGAAAAAAAAACCUGGGCUUGCCCCUGCCCGUGCCAGGAAGGGGAGGAGGGCAAGCACUGGCACCCAGACCCUGCUGUCAGCGGGCACAGGAAUGAAACAGCCAGGCAAAAAUGCUCCAGGGGGCACAGGAGUGAAACAGCCAGGGAGAAACCUUGCAGCAGGGACAGGAAUGAAACAGCCAGAGCAAAACCUGUCAGCUGGGACAGGAAUGAAACAGCCAGAGAGAAACCUUGCAGCAGGGACAGGAAUGGAGCAACCAGAGCAAAACCUGUCAGCUGGCGCCACCUGUGCCCCCCAGGGCCCCACCUGUGCCCCCCAAGGCGCCACCUGUGCCCCCCAGGGCGCCACCUGUGCCCCCCAAGGUGCCAGCAGCAGCUCCCAGGUGCCCGUGGCAGCAGAGGGAAGAGCAGAUGCCGAGGGUUUGGCAGCAGAUCCUGAGCCCCUCGCAGCACUGGGAUCGCAGUUUGCUGAUGUGGAUGCCAGGACCAUGGAAACUGCAGAGAAGCUGGCCAGGUUUGUGGCUCAGGUAGGGCCAGAGAUUGAGCAGUUCAGCAUUGACAACAGCGCAGAUAACCCCGAGCUCUGGUUCCUGCAGGACCAAACCAGCCCCGCCUUCAAGUUCUACCGCAUGAAAGUCCUGGAGCUGUGUCCCUCCAUCACCUUCAGCCCCGAGGCUGCAGAAGCUGCCAGGGCUGCAGGGACAGCCCUGGACACCGAGGAGGACGAGGAGGAAGAGGAGGAAGAAGAGGAAGAAGAAGAAGAGGAAGGAGAAGAGGAAGAAGAAGAAGCAGCUGAGUUUGAGCCCUCCCCAGCUGAUGAGGAGGAUGAGGAUGAUGAGGAGGCCGUGGCAGCAGGUAGAAGGGUGACAAAGCUAGAGGAAGAUGUGGUGUCCCUGGCAGGAGAGGAGGUGUCAGGAGGUGACGCGCAGCUCUCCAGCCCCUCUGACGGCGCUGUCCCAACUCUGUCGACACAGGCACCCCCCGGCCCGGGCCCCGGCGCGCGCUUCCCCCGCAAACGCGUCAGCUCCAAGUCCUUGAGGGUGGGCCUGAUCCCGGCCCCCAAACGGAUCUGCCUCAUCCAGGAGCCCAAAGUGCAUGAACCUGUCAGGAUUGCUUAUGACAGACCCCGGGGCUGCCCUGUCACAAAGAAAAAAAAGAAGCCCAGGGCGCUGGAGGUGCCCCAGAAGAGGCUGAGCCCCAGGAACGUGGGGUUCCAGAUGCUGCAGAGGAUGGGCUGGCAGGAGGGGCACGGGCUGGGCUCGCGCGGCCGCGGCAUCCGGGAGCCCCUGCACCUGGCUGCAGCCUCGGCUGGGGAGGGUUUGGGAGUGGCGGGGGAGCAGAGCCACGAGGACGCCUUCGACGUUUUCCGCCAGAGGAUGAUCCAGAUGUACCGGCAGAAACGGGCAAACAAAUAGCUCCAGGCUCUGUUCCAUGAGGACCCCAGGGCCCCUCUCCUCCCUCCCGCGCUGUCUCUGCUGCGUUUGCUCCGAUUUGCCCGGAAUCCGCCCCAAAUUUCACAUUUUCCACCCCAAAUUCUGGAUCUUCCAUGGAAUCCGCCCCAAUUUCACAUUUUCCACCCCAAAUUCUGGAUCUUCCCUGGAAUUCCACCUCAAAGUUCAGAUUUUCCAUCCCGAGCUCUGGAUUUUCCACCCCAAAUUCCAGAUUUCCUCUGGAAUCCCACCCCAAACUCUGGAUUUCCCCCUGGAAUUCCACCCCAAAUUCCAGAUUUUCCACCCCAAAUUUCAGAUUUUCCCUGGGAUCUAUCCCAAACUCUGGAUUAUCCCUGGAAUUCCACCCCAAAUUCCGGAUUCUCCACCCAAAUUUCAGAUUUCCCUGCAAUUCCACCCCAAAUUCUGGAUUUUUCCGUCCCAAAUUUCAGAUUUUCCCUGGGAUUCCACCCCAAAUUCUGGAUUUUGGGAUGGGAUUCCUCACCAAAAACUGGAAUUAUUUCCCAAAAAUCAACGUACAAGUUCUUGGUCUUUUCCUCCUGACCUCCCACUCUACUUCCAACUUUUAUUUUACCCACAUAAAGCCUCAAAAAUCCAAAUAUUCUCCUUUUGGCUUCUUCCUACCCUAAUUUUAAAAAAAAAUUAAUUAAUUUGAGUUUUGAAUCCUGCAUAUCUCAGAGCUGAGCGGCCAAGCACAACCCGAGGUGGCUUUGAGCAAUAAAACACCUGAAAAAUGAGAAUAAAACACCUGAAAAUUCAGAAUAAAAGACCCAAAAAACCAGAAUAAAACACCUGAAAAAUCAGAAUAAAAGACCUGAAAAAUCAGAAUAAAAGACCCAAAAAUUCAGAAUAAAACGCCUGAAAAACCAGAAUAAAACACCUGAAAAACCAGAAUAAAACAUCUGAAAAAUCAGAAUAAAACGCCUGAAAAUCAGAAUAAAACACCUGAAAAAAUCAGAAUAAAACACCUGAAAAAUCAGAAUAUGCUCAAACCACCACGGGGUUUUUCUGAAACAAAUCCAAUUUUGGGGUUUUUGGUGACCAAUCUUGGGGUUUUUGUUCCGUUUGGGGCUGGGACUGUUGGAGUUCUCUGUGCCAAUAAAAUUCUGGUGUUGGAAA